UCUGUGGUGGUCGCCGAUUGUCCGUAUCAAAAAUCAGAAUUCUGAAACAUAAUAAAUAAACAUAUUAGCUACAUACGUAGAAAUAAAUAAUUAGCAUUAAAUUACUUAUACCUAUUAAACAAUUUUGUAUUAACCAAAAUGAUAGAGUUGGAGAAGAUAUUUCAUAGUUAUACUUUUUUUAGCCUGGGCAUUAGUGAUAAGAUUUAAUUUACAAUAAAACCUAAAAUACUUUGCGUCACAAUUUAUUGGUCAAGUUCAAACCAUGGCUGCACAUGAGCAAGUAAAAGUAGCUGUUGUGAUUGAUCCGAUACCGAACGUAAUACCUUGUUCGAGUUCUUUAACAGCAGAAGAGUUGUGUAUUCUUUUAUGCAAGAAGUACAGUAUUCCUCCAUUGACGCGUACUUUAUUUGCACUGAGGAUCAAGGGUACAGAGUAUUUCCUCAAAGAUAACAGCAAAGUUCUCUCUAGUUCAAGAGAUUAUGAACUAAGAAUACGGUUCAAGGUACCUCGACUCAGCUUAUUGAUAACAUUAGAUGUAACUACUUAUGAUUACUAUUUCCAACAAGCAAGAAAUGAUGUAAAUGAGAACAAUAUACCAGAGAUAAAGUAUCCCGAACAUAAGCAGGAGUUAUUAGGACUUGGGAUUGCUGAUAUGAUGCGUGCAAUAUUAGAAGAGAAACUUCAGUUGAACGAUGUGGUGAGAAAUUAUAAGAAGUAUAUACCGAAAGUGAUAGUUAGACGACAUGGACCCUUUCCGAAAAAACAUGCCUACGAUUGUCUUCCCCAGCUAUGUUCUGCAGGCCACAAUGUUAACUAUGUGAAAAACCUUUAUUUGCAACAACUGUACGGACUGGCACCUAACUACCUCGCUGAGGAGUAUAAAGAUGUUAUCUGGCAAAAUGGAUCCGAGUUGAUACCUGUCAAGGUAGUGGUUGCUCCAUUCCACCCGCACCAGUCCGGAAUCAGGAUCUUCAAUACGCUGAAAAGAGAUUGGUUCCACGCGUGUACGAUAGAAGAGUUAAUUUAUCUGACGCGAAACGGAGAUAACUGCUUGGAGGUGUCGAGGCGGGGGACACCACUGUUCCUCAAGUUCAGAUCAGAAGAUCAGCUGUCGUCGUUUAUAUCUGUUUGUGAUGGAUACUACAGGCUAAUGGUGAAAUGGACUUUUAAUCUAUCCAAAGACGAUGAAACACCAUCUCUUAAAGAUUUACACAGGAUAAAAUGCCACGGUCCAGUUGGUGGUGCAUUUUCAUAUCGCAAGUUGGAGGAAAAACGCAGCAAGAAACAUGGCUGUUAUAUAUUAAGACAGUGUCAGGAUGACUAUAAUGUUUAUUAUCUGGAUGUCUGUUCUAAAAACAGCGCCACAGAAACGUACAAGUUAGAGUUCAAAGGCGAUGGUUAUGUAUUCAAUAAGGAAAAGUACUUCAGCAUUGAAAGGCUGGUCAGCUGUCACCAAAAUCCCGAAGGGAGGAUAUAUUUAAAUGAAUGUAUACCGCCUUCGGAAUACGAUAAGUCACAGUUAUUACUGUGUGGAGAGCCGGUAAAGAAAGGUGUGCGGAUAGAUCAAGCAGAGCUGCAGGAGAUAUUGAAGGACAACAGGAGUCCCAGGUGUCUGCCCAAUAAAGACAUUCUAUUGUACACAGGUUCAGAAAAAGUGGGCUCCGAAAAUAUAACAGCUACAUAUAAAGCGUUAUGGAAGUUAGACGAGACAAAGAAAAUACUGGUUGCGUUCAAAACAUUGCAGAGAGACAAGGCCAAUGACUACUUGAAGGAGUUCAUCGAGCUGGCCAGCCGAUGGGCCUGCGUGUCGUCGGGCGCCAUCGUGCGGCUGUAUGGCGUGACGCUGAGCUCACCCACGGCGCUGGUGCUGGAGUACCUGCCGCACGGCCCCUUCGACCACUACCUCAGAGAUAAUGAAGAUCGCAUCAAGCCAAUCCACCUGAAGAAGGUGGCCGCGUCGCUGGCCCGCGCGCUGUGGGACCUGUCGGAGGCCGGCGUGGUGCACGGAGACAUCCGCUGCCGGAGGCUGCUGCUGGCGGCGCACCAGGCCGACAGGAUCCUGGUCAAGUUGUCGGGGCCCACGCUGCGCCGCUACACGCCGCAAGAUGUUCACUGGAUUCCGGUGGAAUUUUUCAUGGACAUGAAUCUAGCGAAGAGAUCUGUGACGGCUGACAUUUGGGCAUUUGCAACUACACUGUGGGAGGUGUUUUCUUAUGGCCAGUCUCCUACUGACACCAAUCCGGUCCUUACUGCUAGGAGCUACGAGAACGGCGACCGCCUGCUGCGGCCGGGCCGCUGCCCGCGCGAGGUGUGGGCGCUCAUGACGCAGUGCUGGCAGGAGGAGCCGCGGAGGCCGCAGGAGAUCAUGAGGGACGUCAACCACACGCUGCACAGAGAGUACGUCCCCAUUCACGAGUAUGAAGAACCAAAGAUUUCGUUGGAUCACUACGAACAUGCUGAUACUGUUUCAAGCGACAGGUUUAUACCCAGUGAGCUCAGUGACGCCGGCAGUAACAAGUCUUUGAUAUCGGAAGACAGCAGUGUGCCAUCUAUGAACGGGACCAUGUCGGAUUCCUAUGACAAUCCGUUUGCGGACAACAAGAGUUCCAACUCGCUGGAGAGUAUGAACGGCCUGAGCUACGCGCUGCGCAGUGAGGCUCUGUCGUGCGGCCGCAGCGGGCGGAGCAGCGGCAGCAGCGUGGCGGGCACGGGACUGGGAUUGGAGCACGACCUGGCGUCUAGUACGCCGCGCCUGAUGGAGUCCAUCGUGUCGCAGGGCCGGACGUACCUGGUCACCAUCACCAAGAAGAUUGGCAGCGGGAACUAUGGGCACGUGUUCAAAGGAUGGAUGGAGCGCGACAACCAAGAGUCUCAGAGGAAGGAAGUGGCCGUGAAGAAGUUGACGCGCCAGGAGUCCGAGAGGAACGGCAGCCUCUUUGAGGACUUUAAGAACGAGCUCGAGAUCAUGAAGUCAUUGCAACAUAUAAAUAUUGUGGAGAUCCUGGGCUACUCCUGGGACCACGGCUCCGACGUGCUCAUUGUGAUGGAGUACCUGGAGGAGGGCUCCCUCAACUACUACCUCAAGUUCCAGGGCGACAAGCUCAGGAUAUCGCACCUGCUCAAGUACUGCAAAGAUAUCGCGACGGGCAUGGACCACGUGUCCGCUAAGAACAUGGUACACCGGGACCUGGCGACCCGCAACAUACUGGUGGUGAACAAGUACCACGUCAAGAUAUCGGACUUUGGUCUGGCGAGGAUCAUACCCAAGGAGGAGAGCGCCUACCGGAUCAAGACCGAGCGACUGUUGCCGAUCAACUGGUACGCGCCGGAAUCUGCAGUGGAGCCGUGGCAUUUCUCCACGAAAAGUGACGUGUGGUCUUACGGAGUGACCGCGUGGGAGAUAUUCACGAGAGCACGCCACGAGGUGCCGAGGUUCGACGUGGAGCGGCCGCGGGAGAGGGCGGCCUGCUUCCAAAUCCCUGAAGGUUGCCCGUCAGAGAUCUUCCGGCACCUGAUGAAAGACUGCUGGGCGCUGGAUCCCAACAUGAGACCCAAGUUCAUUGACCUCAUUCACAUGUGCAAGCGGUUCAUCGACGAGUACAAAUGAGCUACGUGAAUCAUAUCUAUUAUUGAUACAAGUGACUUGACGAACACAAAUAAACAAACAUGCUGUUUAAAAUGCUUUCCACAAAUGGCUUUAGCGACAGCUUGGUCCGUAGUAAGUCUAUAGGAGCUAAUACCGGCCCAAUGGCUCAAAUCAGGAAUUAAUUUUUGUUACAAAUAAUAUUGAAGUGAGAGUUUCUUAUGCCUGUUUUGCUUUUUCAUGAAGCUUUUUGAAAAGUUGUGAUCUAUGAUUGAUAAGGUCAUUUGAAAUAUUUGUAUUUUAUUAAGCUGAUGAGCUAAUCGGAAGUAAAUGUAAUGAAUAUAUUUGAAUAUUUUAUUCAUGUUUUAUCUUUUAUAAUACAAGUGUAUAUAUUAUAAAGUUUUGUGCCAUUUAGGCUGUUGAAUGUAACUAUAUUUUAUAUAUUUAGAGUAUAGGUUAUUGUGUGUACUAUUUUAUUUAAGCUCAUUGUGGGGUUUGACGAGAGAACUUUAUCUUGAUGUUGGUACAAGCGAAAUUAGUUUUAUUAUAAGUUUAUGUAAAUUAUACAUACAGAUAUGAAUGAAUGAUUUAAGAGAGAUCGUGCUCGAAAAUGUUAACAUGGUGUUCGGAUAUAUAUAUAUAAUGUUAUGGUUGUAAUAAAUUAUCGUCCAAGAUAAACUUAGGUGUGACUGAUAGACUGUUAAGAGGUUCUCAAUGAUUACUAUUGUCUUGGACUUAGUAGUCGAUAGUGACUAUACACAGCUUGUAUUCAAUAAUCUAUUGAUAUAAUACUGGAGGUUAUUGACAUUGGCCGUGUUAAAUCUUUAUAGACAUAUAUUAUAAAGCUCAAGUUGAGAAUUAAGGAAGAACCAGUUUGUAAGAAUGAUAUAUUUGUUGUUCCUUGAAGCAUUUGUCUUUGUUGUUUAAAUGUUAAUAAUUUAUGUAAGUCAUUGUAAUAGUCUCCACGCGAAUGUUGAGCGGUGUCAUUGAAUAUGAGAGACACCCAGUACCCACGUACGAUCACAGUUCAUUGCACAGUGCAAUAUGAAUGCAUCCGACUACACUAUAUAUAUCGGCAGUAGUACGGACACUACGUACAAGUUAUAUAUAACGCACGCACUAGUGACGUCGUGUCCAUAUUACUUUAUAAUAUAUAUAUUAUAUAGUGUGUAUCGCUGACCGCUUAACAUCGUCGUACGGGCUAUAGUAAGGUGUAUGUGUGUAUUGUUAUCUCAGUGUUUACAUAUUAAAACUUGACGUUGUUUACAUAUUGAGAAACUGUUCAUUAUUCGCUAGCUUCUAAUAGUAAUGUUAACUUCAGAUAAUAAUCUUCUGUCUACGUACGGAUGCUGAAGUUAUAGUUAAUGUCUAAAUAGUUAACGUUAGUUUUUUCAAGCAUUUUCUAUUUUAGUAAUCCGUCCCCAUUCCAUAUGUGGCGUGAUUACAAUUUUACAAUAGGUAUUAAGUUCAUAAUUUUAUUGUAACAGUAAAUAAGACAUUUUGGUAAAACCUUGAAGUGAUUUAAUUUAUUGCACUUGGAUGUGUCCGAGCACGACUUCACGUCGAUAUAUAUUAUUAUAAUUAAUUAAAACAUUCAAACCUAGUUUAAAUUGUUAACUGUUAUAUUAUAGACUUCGUAUUGUAAAAAUAUCAUUUGUAGAUUUUGAAGUUGUAACAGAGUGGAUGUCAUACACAAUACAGUAAUACAACAGUACUUUAACUUUAUACAAGAGCGACCGAAUUGACGCACGCACACAUACAAAUGAUUUACACGGCCGCUAAGCAAUCUUGGGAAGACAAAAUCUAUUGAGUGUCUCGCUGUACGUCGUGGAGACUAGCAGUUGUCCGAUUUAAAGCUCUAAAAUAUAAUUUGUGUUAUUUUGACAUCUUCGAGCUCGAAGAGUUAGCUGGUCGGUGUUUUUGAGUUCUUCAUAAAAUAACUCGGAACAUGCAUUUGAUCGAAUAUUAAGUUUCGGAGUAUUUUGAAAAAUCUUUCUUAAAAUCAUGUCUGAAAAAACUUUAAUUAAACACUAUGUUUUUAAUUUUCAAACGGCAAUAACUGUUGAAUGAAUGAACCGAUUUCACGCGAUUGACGGUAUGCAAUAGAGUUUUUUGAGCAAUAAGUUUCAAUUGAUUGAACUCGGAAUUUCGAAGUAAUUCCGAGUUUUUAAUUUUAACUGACUUAGUUGCGAUCGAGGUCGUUUUUUGAUGUUAAGAGUUGAUUAGUUUUUGGAAUCCACCAGUAAAGCCGUUUAAAAUUUAUUCCAAAAAAAAAGUUUGGUCAAGCUCUUCUGAAUGGCGCCAACCGCGAUGAAAUCGGUCGAGUCGUUCUAAAGUUAUAAGAGGUUUAGGUACAUAAAUCCAUAUACACUCACACACAUAGAUAUAGUCGUACGAACACCAUCGCGGAAAUAGUUCAGGGAAGCUCUCCUAGGACCCUAAAACGUCGAGAUCAGAUGAAAACUCGAUUUUCGAAAAACGGGAUAAAACCCAUAACUCCCUGUUUUUUUAAUAUUUUAAAUUUUCUUAGCGGGAAGUUAAAAAACUUAACAUUUUCCGUCCGAAACAGACAACGACUUGGCGUCAUUAUUAGCAUAGUUUAUAAAAUACUCUUGGAUAUACUAUUACUACUACUGGAGCUUUAGGUGUGAAUCAAACUAAUAUCUCUUGGAAUUUUAGAACAAUUAAGUACGCGCUUUUUUAAUGGUUUUAUUUAUAAGAUAUUAUACUAUUUGUCCCGAAAAAGGUGGAUCAUACCGGAAUAGCGAAGAGUUGAAGCCAACCUUUGAAAAUUUAAAACCGCGUGUGCCCUGCUCGGUCGAUGUGUCCUUGUUGCACGCGCGGGAACAUAUUGACACACCACACGCAUCAUGGCUGUGUUACAAUUAAGAUGGAGAUACUUCCAUCUCACACCACACUAACACACAGGCUUCAUUGUAUUUUAAGGACUUGUGCUUAUUGUGUUCUGUACUAGAUGUAUAUAUUGUGUAUACAACAACAAAUGCUUGCCAUAUUUCUGGGAAAUUCGAUGUCAAUUGUUAACGUUAGUGUCUAUAUCUGUGUACUAGUCUAACUGAAAGCUUUUGCGUAUGAAUGAAAUAGUUUGUAAUCAAUGCAAUUGUUGAAUAUAAUAUACUUAUAAUUAAACGAAAUAGCUUUUAUUAGGUUUAAGGGAUUUUGUAAGUUGCAAACCAAAGAUGAUAUUAGAUUAUCGUUUGUUAUAUAAUUGAGAUCAUGUUUAUUAAUUAAAAUAUAGCUGUAAGUGUAUUGAAUGGUUUCU